UCGGCCCCCUCCCCCCAGUCGGUUUUUACGCCAGUUCCGGUGGCGCUCAGCCGUUCGGUGGAGGCGUCGUGGUCGGUUGUGAGAUGACGACGCUGCGUGCGUUUUGUUGUGACGACCUUUUUCGGUUCAACAACAUAAAUCUGGAUCCACUUACAGAAACUUAUGGGAUCCCCUUCUAUCUACAGUAUUUGGCUCAUUGGCCAGAGUAUUUUAUUGUUGCUGAAGCACCUGGAGGAGAGUUGAUGGGAUACAUAAUGGGGAAAGCUGAAGGAUCAGUGGCAAGAGAGGAAUGGCAUGGACAUGUAACAGCAUUAUCUGUAGCUCCAGAAUUUAGACGUUUAGGACUAGCAGCUAAACUGAUGGAACUGCUGGAGGAGAUAUCUGAAAGAAAAGGUGGAUUCUUUGUGGAUCUAUUUGUACGAGUUUCCAAUCAAGUGGCUGUGAACAUGUACAAACAGCUUGGCUACAGUGUUUACAGAACUGUGAUAGAAUACUAUUCAGCUAGCAAUGGAGAACCUGAUGAAAAUGCUUAUGAUAUGAGAAAAGCCUUAUCAAGAGAUAAAGAGAAGAAAUCAAUAAUACCUCUUCCUCAUCCAGUUAGGCCUGAAGAUAUUGAAUAGCUUUAAGCUGUGGUUCUUGGGAAAUAUACAAUUUUAUGAGCACUGAAAAGAGAAUUAGAAGGGAAUUUGAGUAUUUUUUGGACAGUAAAUCUGCUUGUGUUUCAGUAGUGCACAAGUAUGAAGUUAUCUUGAUAACUUUAAGACCAUAAGAUACAGGAGCAAAUUAGGGCAUUUGGCUCACUAAGUCUGCUCUGCCAUUUCAUCAUGACCUAUCCAUUUUUUUUUUAGUCCUAGCAUUCUGCAUUUACCUUUGUAGGCCCAAGAGCCACAGCUUUAUCAAGAAAUGUUUGUUAAUAUGCCCCUUGCAGCCAACAGCCUUGGAGGUACACUGUAUGUAUGCAGAUUUCUUGUAUAAACUUAAUAAAGAUUUGUGAGAGAUUUAA